AUGGAAGAAGAGUGCCAAAAAGCCUUCGACAGAAUCAACGAGUAUCUCUCAAAGCUGCCAGUGUUGGUUCCUACCGAACUAGGGAAGCCAUUGUUGCUCUAUUUUCUAGUCUUGGAUAACACCUUCGGUUGUGUGUUGGGAAAGCAUGACAAAACUGGGAGAAAUGAGCAGGCCAUCUACUACUUAAGUAAGAAGUUCAUGCCAUGUGAGGCCAAAUAUACCCUGAUAGAAAUGCAUUUGUUGUGCUUUAACAUGGAUUGCUCAGAAGUUAAGGCAUUACAUGUCAGCGUACACCAUGCAUUUGAUAUCUUGGCUCAACCUGCUCAAGUACUUCUUCCAGAAGCCAAUGACUACCAGAAAACUAGUUAA